AGCAGUAGCUGCUGCUAUAUAGUCAUGGAUACAAAGAGUCAAUACAAGUAGAAAGGAGAAGGUUGGAUAGAGAAAAUAUCAUGAGACUGACUUUACUUGCCAUCUUUACCUGACCAUAUGAGCAAAUGAAUGAUUCACAAAAUCCGAAAAGCCACUCUCUCUCAUCUUUGCACUUUCACUACUAGCCUAGCUUAGAGCUUUUAUUACACUAUAAAUACCCUACUAUUCAUUCAUCUUCUCUCUAAUUGAUCCUGAUUCUGAUACCCAACAACACUAAUUAAAGGCCCUUUACCUUGUUAACUACAUUUCCGAUUCAGUUUCAGAGUUUCUUCCAUUGAAGCACUGCUUGAAGCUCGAUCAUAUGGCGUCAGAUGAGAGUAUGACCCUCAGGUCUUGUAUCUCUAUGCAGGAAGGUGAGUACGACGAUUAUACCGACGAAGGGUAUGAUCAGGAUCAGCCUCAUCAGCACUUGUCUAGGUUGUCCAUGUGUACCAGCAAUUCCAUCUAUGGUGAUGACCAGAUGAAUGAUGAUGGCAAUUCCAUCUACUUCCAAGGCCAGCAAGAGAAUGGUAUGAGCUUGUACAUGUCACUCUUGUCAAUAGACAGCUUUGAUGGGGAUGGAGAUGUUGAUGAAGAAGAGGAAUCGUCCAACAAGAAGCGGCUCAGUUCUCAGCUGGUACUCGCAGCUGGGAUGUCAACGGAUGACGAUUCCGACACGGAACCGGCCUGUUACUCCCUUCCGGCGACACCCCCUAGGCUGAGGAGGGAUCUGCCUGGUGCUCGUGGUGCAGGGAGCAUUCUUAUUAACAAGGUGCAUCCCUAUUCUAAGGUGGACAAAGAGUAUGCGAGCGAAAAUGAAGCUCAGAAGGCCUUGAGUGAUGACGGCAGGAGGAGCAGGAGGAGGAGUAGGAGGAGAAUGAUGAAGAACAGAUCAUCUUGGCUAUCACCAUCACCAUUCCACCACGGAGCUAAGACGACACCGGACAGUGAUGAUGGAGAAGAUGAGGACAAGGAGGAGGAUGAGGAGGAGGAGGAAGAGAGCAUGUACAUGAAUGUGUGUGGUGAUCAUUGUCACAGCUUCAGCGGAGAGAGCGAGGGUACGGGGAUGGUGGUGAUAGCAAGGCCCAAAGGCGGGAACAGGUCCCUCUGCAUGGACAUGGAGGAAGUCAAGGCUUGCAAAGACCUCGGCUUCGAGUUGGAGCACGACCGCACGCUGCAGCAGCAGCAGGAGAUGAUCCCUUCUCGGCUUUCUCUAUACGCCACCACCGUCGACACUAACUACACCACCAGCAGCGGUGGCAAUUCCCCUAUUGCCAACUGGCCCAUUUCCAGUCCCGGGGACCAUCCGCAGGAGGUCAAGGCUCGCCUCAAGGCCUGGGCGCAGGCAGUGGCUCUGGCAUCUGCAUCACCCACAAGGCACUCGAGCUGAGCAGUGGUUUUGCCUUCUAACAGUUUCUUCUUUUUGGUUGACAUAAAACAGAGAGCUUGGGAUAAUAAUCAUAAUAUAGGUUGGGGGGAAUUUUGAUUCCAGUGUGAGGACUGAAGAGAGUAGCUUCUCCAUCUACGUUUCCUACUACUACUACUACUGAGCACAAUUUUUCUUUCUGGCAAUAUAUUGGGGUUUCUGAUGUUUGGUUGAUGAAUCCUUCACUUGUAUUUCACCGGUGCCUUCAGAGUCUCGACAUUGCAAGUGUAGCGUUACUGAAGAUUAGAUACACUUCAUUCUGUACAUUAUAUGUAAAAAUAUUUGAAGUUUCAGUUCCAUGUAUGCAUCUAGAAAGCUGUUUCCUAUUGGUAUUUAUAGUUUCAGGAUGAUGUUGUAUUGGUCAUGAAAAUUUUGGCAGUGCUCUAUAGAUACGCAUUCUCAAAAUUGGGGGUAUAAAUCAGAGAGGGCUUUGAAUAGUUUAGGUUGGGUAGCGGGAAUACCAGAUCUGGUGUGUGAGGUGUGAAAUGAGUAGCUUCUCUGAUUUCGGUCCUCUACUUGCAAUUUGCUUUCUUGCACAAUCUGGCUCCUUGGUAGAAGAUUUUCACUGUCUACUGGGAUUCCUCGAUGUCUAUUUGUUUUUCCUUCACUGUACUUCAGCUGUACCUCUUCAGUUUCUUGGCUUGUAAAUAUAAUGUAGUUGAAGAUAGACUUGAGAUAUAAUUCAUUCUGUACCUUGUGUAAGCGAUUCCCACUGGUAUUGAUAAACAUAGUAAAGCGAUUGCUGUUGUACUAA